AAGUUUAUGUCAAUAUUUCAGAAAAAAAUAUUCCUUUGUGGAAAUCCAAUUGGAAAAUAUUAUAAUUUGUUUCAUAUAAUUGGUAUUAAAACAACAAACAUGUCGAAAGUUACAUUCUGCCGGUGCUGCCUCGUCCGUCCGCCGGACAAAGACCUAAAAACAAUGCACAUAUUCCUUGGAAAGCCUGAAAUAUAUUCUGAUAUGUUGAAGGAAUGUUUUGAGAUUCAUCUACCUGCAGGUACCAGGGAAGGGGACAAUGGGAUAUGUGAAAUGUGCAUCACGAGGCUCCGGGAUGCGUCUGACUUCAAAAAACAAGUGCAGCAGUGCCAGAAGGAGUUCCAAAUGCAAGUCGAUCUUAGUCAGAAAGCCACAAAUUGUCAAGAUGAUGAGGUACAGAAGGUAAAAGAAGAAAUCACGGACCCUGAAGAUGACAAUGGCAUUUAUUUUCUAGAAAUCAAAGACGAGCUAUCAGACUGCGAGAACUUAAUGGAUGACGAUGAUAAGAAGCUGGCGGAGAUGCUGAGCCUCGCAGAUGUCACCAUCAAGAGAAAGUCGAAGAGAAUCAAGAAACUCGGACUUGACAAAACUGACUCUGAUAUCAAAGAGGAACUAUCAGACUUUGAUGACGACAAAAAACUGGCCGAAAUGUUGGGCUUCGCAGAUGUCACCAUCAAGAGAAAGUCAAAGAGGCGCAACAAGUUACUGGGGCUCGAGAAGACAAACUCCGAUCGCAAAUCCAAGAAACUACUUACCAAACCUCUCAAGAUAUCUCUUCACGCACUCUCCCAAAUGGAAAAACUGAAAAACUCCUCGGUGGCUUCAAGUCUUCGGUACGUAAGCGAGAAGAAGAAGCACAAAGCCAACAUCACAAACAUCAUAAAAUACUCCAACUGUACACCGUUCUCGAGCAAAACUUUGACUGGCAUUGUCUGCGCGUACUGCAAAGACACCCACCCAAACACGGAAACUUUGAGGACCCACACCCAGGAAGUGCACAAAGAAGACGAUUUAAAUGCCAACAAAAGGAUAGACAAAAACAACAUGUCACUAAAAGUGGAUAUCACAGACUUGAAAUGCAGCAUAUGCAACGCAAAAACGCCCCUCAUAUCGGAUCUGAAGAUGCACUUGAUGAAAGAGCACGAUAUUAAAUUUUAUCUCGAUAUAAAUGAUUAUAUUUUAGAAUUCAAACUGACAGAUGGGGAGAUGCUGAACUGUGCACUGUGCCACUCCACGUACGAGACAUUUAAAAUGCUACUACAGCAUAUGAACGGCCAUUACAGGAAUUAUAUAUGCGAAGUGUGCGAUUUGGGAUUUAUAAACAAGCAUAGACUGAAAAAUCAUCAACGCACCCACGAACUAGGAACGUUCAAGUGUUCCUUCUGUGAUAAAGUGUUUAGUACACGUGUGAAAAUGAUGUGCCACGAGAAGUACACGCAUAAUACAAGUGCGAGGUACACCACGAACUGUCCGUACUGUGACCAAUCGUUCACCAGUUACUACCAGCGUAACAGACACAUGUCCAACGAGCACAACACAGCGGCUGCGUCAUACAAGUGCAACAUAUGUGACAAAUCGUUCAUUCUAAAAUCAAAAUUGACCUCUCAUAUAAAGAAAGUGCAUCUAAUGGAACGUAACCACAAGUGUGCGGAGUGCGGACAGGGUUUCUUUAUUAAACAGUCCUUGGAUGAACACAUGAUCAAGCAUACAGGUGAACGGGUCUACAAAUGUACAGUUUGCCACAAGGCGUAUGCAAGGAAGAAAACUUUAAGGGAACAUAUGCGGAUACAUAAUAAUGAUAGGAGGUUCAAGUGUGGUGUGUGCGGGUUGGCGUUCAUACAAAAGUGUAGUCUCAAAAGCCAUAUGCUGUCGAACCAUGGGAUCACAUUAUCGGAGUAUGAAAAUGUUCGGACAGAGUUGAAUAGUACGUAGUGAUGUGUAAUAUAAUAGUUUAAUAUAUAGAUUGUUUCAAUAGAA